AUGUCAAACCCUUCUAACGGGCAGCAGCAGGGAGGGGAGGCCCCUGCGGCACCAGCAGCAGCAACAACACCCCCAGCAGCAGCAGCUGCAUCUGAAGGAGCAGCAGCACCAGCACCAGCAGCAGCAGCAGCAGAUGCAGCACCAGCUAAAACCGUACAUAUAUCAUUCAAGGUCUCAGGGGGGACCCACUUUACUCUCGAUGUAGAUGAGGAUUGGAGUGUACGUACACUGAAGGAGAAGUGCGAAGAAAAAACUCAAAUACCGGUGGCGGCACAGAGGCUUAUUUAUAAAGGGAGGAUCUUGAAGGAUGAUGACUCCAUCAGUUCGCACGGCCUUAAGGACGGCCACAUCAUGCAUUUGGUUAAGAGUGUUGCUGCAGCAGCAACAAAUACCCAGCAGCAGCAGCAGCAGCAACAGCAGCAGCAGCAACAGCCGCAGCAACAGCAGCAAACCCCAGCUGCCGCCAAUCCUUCCGCGUCUGCCCCCGGGACUACUCCAGGCGUAGGAGGCAUGGAUCCAUUCUUGCAAUCGAUGCUGUCUGGAGGCCUAGGAGGCGGCAUGGGCUCUUCUAUGGGGGGCCCCAUGGGGGGCCCCAUGGGUUUACCUGUGGGGGGCCCUGACAUGAUGCAGAUGAUGCAGAGCCCCUUCUUUCAACAAGCUAUGGAUUCAUUAAUGCAGAACCCUCAGAUGUUUCGCAGCAUUGUUGAGAGUGUUCCUGCGCUCAGACCGAUGCUGCCGAUGAUGCAGGGUAUUCUUGACAACCCCGAACGCAUGCGCGCCAUGUUCAACCCGCAGAUGAUGCAGGCAUCGAUGCAGAUGCAUCAAGCCAUGCAGCAGAUGCGGCAGCAGCAAGGUAGUGGUGCAAGUACAGCUGAAGGGGGGGCCCCCUUUGGGGGCCCCCUCGGCCCUGCAGCAUUUUUAGCAGCAAUGCAAAAUGCUACAGGCGGUGGGAGUUCAUCCGGAGCAUCUUCAGGGGCCCCUGCAGCAGCAGGGGGGGCCCCCGGUGCAGCAGCAGCAGGAGCAGCAGGAGCAGCAGCAGGUGGGGGGGCCCCUGGUGCUGCAGCAGCAGGAGGGGGGGCCCCCAACCCUAUGGGGGCAGGGGGUGCUUCUCUAGCAGCUAUGAUGCAACAGGCUGAAGAAAUGAUGAGGUCAAACCCUGAAUUAAUGUCGCAGAUGAUGCAGACAUUCUUUGGCGGGGGGGCCCCCGGCGGGGGCCCCUCGGGUACUGGAGCAGCAGCUGCAGGAGCUGCAGCAAACCCUUUUAGUGCUCUUGGAUCUCUCGAGGGUUUAGGGGGUAUGGGAGCCCCCUUCUCUAUGCCAGUUGCUGAUACAAGGCCCCCAGAAGAGAGGUUUGCCUCUCAACUGCAGUCCCUCACGGACAUGGGUUUCAUCGAUAGAGAUGCAAAUAUUGCUGCUCUGCAGGAGUCUGAUGGAGACGUAAAUGCAGCAAUAACGAGGCUGCUAGAGAGAGGCUUGGGGAACUGA